AUGAAGUUUUCUGCCAUUACUCUCAGCUACGCACUGCUCGCUGGCGUCUAUGCGGCCCCAAGCACCUUGAGCGAGCGUGUUGCUCGCAGAGCAGGACGCUCUUCCAGACCCAUUCAGCGCAUUGACUCUCAGGAGAAAGGAAAUGACACCCACGUCUCUUACUCCUCGAACUGGUCGGGAGCCGUAAUCACCUCCCCACCAGCUGGUGAGACUUUCAACAGCGUCUCGGCCAGCUUCAUUGUUCCCACUCCAAAGGUUCCUUCGGGUAGUUCUUCCCGCGGCACCUAUAGCGCUUCUGCCUGGGUUGGCAUUGACGGCGAUACGUACCAGAAUGCUAUCCUGCAGACAGGCGUUGAUUUCACCAUUACCAACGGCAAAGUGAGCUACGAUGCCUGGUAUGAGUGGUUCCCUGACUACGCAUACGACUUUUCCCUCGCCAUCUCCCCGGGCGAUGUCAUCAAGACUACCGUCACUUCAACCUCCACCAAAGCUGGCGUAGCCAUUAUUGAGAACGUCACUACUGGAAAGAGCGUUUCCAAGUCUCUUACUUCUACCUAUGCUCUUGGAGGACAGAACGCCGAAUGGAUCGUCGAGGAUUUCGAGGAAGGCUCCUCUUUAGUUGCCCUCGCAAACUGGGGAAGCGUUGUCUUUACCGGUGCUACAGCUUCGACCGGAAGUUCCUCGUUGGAUGCUUCAACUGCUUCUGUUAUCGACAUUCGACAAAACAACAAGGUUCUCACCAGCGUUACCAUUGACGGCUCUACCGUUACCGACUCCUACGUUUAA